AUAAAGGGAACUUAUCGAGGGUGUCGGAUUCAGUCGCUCGCGACACGUAUAUGCGACUUGUCGGACGACCUGACAGGAGGAAGUUCGGAACGGGUUGAAUUUGUGCGAUGACUUGUAUCCGAAAAUUAUCGUGAAAAAUAAAAGGCGCAACAUCGAUAAGGGAAAACAAAGUGCGCGAAUGCCAUUUCGAAUUUUAACGAAAUAAUUAGAAAAAGAGACAGAAACACAUAUCAUCGACACAUCUUGCGUGCCUAGUAAAUCUUCAAGGAUGAUCUCUGCAUGGAAAGCGUGCUGUGGCCGAUUACCGCAAAGAUGGGUGUUCGCCGUCAUGGGAUUUCUGGCAAUCCUGAAUGCGUAUAGUAUGAGAGUUUGUCUUUCGAUCACUAUUACGGAAAUGGCACCUACAACACAUAAAGAGUCUAUAGAUGAUUCCUGUCCGUACAAUCAAACGAUUAAUAAAGAUGAAAAUAAUAAAAAAGAUGUCAAACUUUACGACUGGGAUGAACAUACGCAGGGUCUGAUCCUCUCGUCCUUUUACUGGGGCUACGUUAUCACACAUUUGCCAGGCGGGAUAUUGGCUGAGAGGUUCGGUGGCAAGUAUUCCCUUGGUCUCGGCAUUUUCUCCACAGCAAUCUUCACCCUGUUGACGCCGGUGGUGGUCGAUUUUGGUGACUCGGCUGGCCUAAUAGUGCUGCGGAUCUUAAUGGGCUUCGGCGAGGGAACGACCUUUCCGGCGUUGAACGCCAUGUUGGCGCAAUGGACGCCGCCGGAGGAGAGAUCGAUGAUCGGCUCCUUGGUGUUUGCCGGUGCCCAACUCGGUACGGUACUAGCCAAUCUAUUGUCCGGUUUAAUUCUACACUCCUACAGCUGGCCUGCAGUUUUCUACGUGUUCGGUGGGAUCGGCGUGUUGUGGUUCCUCGUGUGGGUGCUGAUAUGCUAUAAUAAUCCAUAUGAGCAUCCGUUCAUUUCCGAGCGCGAGGUGAAAUACCUUCACGAACGUAUGAACGAGCAUACUCACACGAAACCGCCGCCUGUACCUUGGCGUCACAUGCUGUCUUCGGCGUCGGUCUGGGCGUUGAUCGCCGCCCAGGUCGGUCACGACUGGGGCUUCUUUACCAUGGUCACCGAUCUCCCCAAGUACAUGAGCAGCGUGCUUCACUACUCCAUCCAGCAAAACGGUUUCGUUUCGUCGUUGCCCUACCUCGUCAUGUGGUUCUGCAGCACAGCAUCAUCCUGGCUGGCCGAUCGGAUAAUCACCAAGGGCAUCAUGUCGCGCACCAAUGUACGAAAACUCGGUACCACGAUCGCUUCCUUGGGGCCAGGUGCUUUCAUCAUCGCCGCCUCGUAUGCUUCGUGCGACGGAACGUUAGUGGUGACCAUGUUCACCAUCGGCAUGGCUAUGAUGGGCACCUUCUAUCCCGGGAUGAAAGUCAACGGGCUGGAUCUUAGCCCCAAUUACUCCGGUACUUUGAUGGCUUUGGUGAAUGGAAUGGGAGCCUUCACCGGUAUAAUCACGCCGUACAUCGUCGGCGUGUUGGCGCCCGAUCAAACACUCAGUCAAUGGCGGCUCGUCUUCUGGAUCGUCCUAAGUUUCUUCAUCGUGACGAAUCUGAUUUUCGUUCUGUACGCGAGUGGCGAGGUUCAAUACUGGAAUGAUCCCGAGUUCGUUAUACGGGACCGGGAGGAAAGGCAGCUGAGUAAAGAGACGAAUAGACAAACGCCUUCGAAGAAAUCAUGAAAGCAUUGUUUUUGGCGCGGUGCCUUACAAAGUUAAGCGCUCUUAAACGCUUAACGAAACAGUCAAGCUUUUCUUCCGAAAACAAAAAGAUCUCGCGUAGAUAUCCUAGAUAUCAUUUUUUCGACAAGCGGAAGUUUCAUCUCUCGUUUCUCCAUAUUCUAGGUAGAUAAGGACUUCACAUCGCAUCCGCAUAACGACGAGAUGAUAGAUGAGAAAGACAUGCGUGUUUACUCUCGCACAUGAUCCUUGAAUAAUAAUUCAAGAGUUAAGUUCGCAACGUUAGCUCUGAACGUCGCAAAUUGCGAAUGUGCGUUAAUCAGCAUUGCAAUGUGCACUUUUUCGCAAGUAAGCAGUUUUUGUCUGAAAGGAGGAAUUGUAAAUUAGAGACAACUGAUAAAUAAUGACUUGUACAUAUUGCGAAUUUUAAGGAUUUUUAUAAGAUAAAAAGAAUGUAGUAGAAUUUAAUUAGUUAAUUAAAAUAAUCUGCUAAUUGUAUACACACAUCGCCAAUAUAUCGCUAUUUCGUCAUCGCGAAAAAUUGAAUGAUAAUUAAUAAAUUGAAAUAGCUAAAUUAUUCGAAAAUCUCUGAAAAUUUGUAGACGAAUAUUAUUGCGAAGGAAAAAGCAAUAAUUAAUCAAAUAAUUAAUCAAAGCAAUUAAUUAAAAUAUAUAUUAACGAAUUGUCGAGCUAACUAAUUGUAUCAGAUGCUACUAUCGAAUAAACAAAUGAGAACAACUAAUCUCAGAAAGAAACACA